AAAAAAAAUAGUUACUGAAAGAGUUUAUUCAAUAUAAAAAUAAACGAAAAAAUAAAAAACUGCCUUCAUUACAAUGCAACACAAGUGCCAGUAAUACCGUCGAACAAGGUGGAAUUAAGUAAAUCAAGAAAUCAUCCAUUCUUAAUGUAAUUAAAAGGCGAGAAUUGGGUUAAUCACUUAUUGAAUGUUAAUGUAACUCCAACGGAAAGUUAUGAAAAAUCGUAUCCUGUCGUGCCUUGAAUACAUCGGAGUCAAGCUGAAUAAAUCUAUAUACAUACAUACAUAUGUAUAUAUAUCAGUGAGAGUGUCCAUCAUUAUUCUAAUGCAAAGUUAUUGAACCUUAAAAGAUACAACAAAAAAAUCAGCCUUUAAAACUGGCCAAAAAGCUACAAAACGUAAUUGCUUUAAACAAUAAAUUAAAAUAUAAUAAAUAAAAAUUCGACCACAUAACCGGUACUUAAUUGCUUACACAAUUACACAUUCAAAUCGGAUCUCAUUAUACGACAGUAUUGAACAACUUGCAUCAAGAUAUUAUAAGUAUACAUUGAAAUUGUGCACUUGUUUGCAUAUUGAAACAAGUGUAGCAAAUUAAUAUUGAAAAUUCACUUAAGAGUAAACAACUACUAUUUGCAACUCUCACAAAUAUUUCUUAACAUUCGCACACUGCAUCACACUGCAUCAAAGGUAUAGAGCAAUACGUAACAGCGAGCAAAUUAAUUGCUAAGGAAUUGUGUUGUGUGUGAAUCAACAGAAAGCAAUUAACAAAAGCAGGCUGGCGUUUAACAAACUGUCAUAAGUACGUACUCGUACAUAUAAGUACAUACCUUAAAUAUAAAAUUUCUUUACGUCGGUUAAUAAUACAAGUCCGUCAAACUGUCGAAAAAACGCAGCAGAACAACCCCACCCCCCAAAAAAAUUCACAAAACUGCUAAAAUGCCGGUCUUCAAUGUCAUAACGCGCAGAAAAACAAAGCUCCUCUUGUUUGACAGUGAUGCAGACGACUGUUUGUUCGAUGCGGAUCUUAAGUUUGAUAACUACUCAUCUGAUUUAGGAAUUAAACAGGAACCACAAUCCUACACUGAUGCUGAAAUGCAUGCAUUAGCCAAAGAUCGGCAGAAGAAAGACAAUCACAAUAUGAUCGAGCGAAGGCGUCGUUUCAACAUCAACGAUCGUAUUAAGGAGCUGGGUACCCUAUUACCAAAAACAAAUGACCCAUAUUACGAAGUGGUUCGUGACAUUCGACCAAAUAAGGGCACAAUACUUAAAUCCUCCGUUGAUUAUAUCAAAUGCCUGAAGCACGAAGUAUCGCGACUGAAACAGAAUGAAAUGCGACAACGUCAGAUGGAGUCACAAAAUCGAAAGCUUUUGAAUAGAAUAAAGGAGCUGGAAAUGCAAGCCAAAUCACAUGGGUUACCAUUAAGCGAUUUCAAUUUAACAUCAGUGUCUGCUCCCCCGCCUGUUUCAUAUCUCAAAAGCCCCAGUCCAGCAUCACCAUCAUCGCAUAGCCAUCAUUCAACAUCCUUAAUACCCGAUAUGGUAGAAAAGUUAUCAGUUAUUACAAGUGAAGCCAGUCUCAGUAUUACUCCUAUUGAUGACCUCAUGGAGGACAGUAAGCAUCCAGUACAAGGUGGCGAUCCCCUACUCUCCUCAAAUAUUAGUCACUUCUUCUCGGCGCCUCACUCGCCAACUGCAGCACAAUUGCAUUGUUGUAAUAGUUUCGAUGGCAAUGACUGUGUUGGCGACAAUGGUAGUGACUGCCACAAUCACAACUGCCACAACAAUCAGCAUUCGCUAGAUGACCUCUAUCAAAAUGCUGUCGCUUCUUCAGCUGGCACUGCAGCGCACAUUAAAAAUAAUUGUUGUGGUAGCAAAAGAAAAGGUAUGGGAAGCGGCGCCUGCUGCCUGACGACAAGUUGCCAUCAAACCAACCAACAUCAGCAUCAGCAUCAUCAUCAUCAUGACCACCGCCAGGAACACCAUCAACACUCCCAACUGCAACAACACUCGCAACACGCGUUAAAACAUAGUUGCGAUGGCUCGUUCAAUAGCAAUCACUAUCUACAACACUCGCAUCGCCAAAUGAGUAAUAAUGACAUCAACAGUCUACCUAAGUCGCCAUCAACUUUGCAGCACGGGCGUGAUCCUUUGCUUUCUUCCUCGCACCACCAACAAGUGGAACCAAGCCAUCCUUUGAAUGGCCUGGAGCAUCAUCACCAUCAUCUGCAUGAUGAGGACCAACGCCAUGAUGACCUUUCCAAUGCCAUGAUGAGUGAUUCUCUCUCGCUAGUGUCGUCCGCAACAAAUGACCCAAUGCUACUGUCGCCUGAUUCCCUGGAUAUAGACCUGGCAUGAUACAAAAUCAGGCAAACGCUCACAAACUUAAUUUAUUUUACCUGCAAUUGUAUUCUACAAUAGAACAAAAUAUGUAUGCAAAUAACUGGCAACUCAUGUGUAU